GCAUCUCUCUUUCUUCUUUUUUAAUUGAACAUUAAGGUCAUUAUGCUUUCUGCCCUCAAGAACAACAUUUACCCAGCGCUUGCACUGAUAACAUUACCAGUGGGCUAUUUUAUUGGCACCGAAUUGAGAGAAAGAAACGACGCCAAAGUGACUCAAGUGGUGAGCGAAGAGGAUAUUCAAAAGUUGAAGCAACAACUUGAAACCUUGAGAGAAGAACGUGAAAUGGUUCUCUGUAAAAUACAGAAAUGAUUUAUACCCCAGAUGGAUAUAUUAUAUAAUAAAUAAGCUGCAAUCAUUAUAACAGCAUGUAAACAAAACGAUGAUUUCCCACCCCUACUCCUCCUCCCCCCUCUUCCUAUCCCUUUUUAAUCAUUUUAGGAAGUACAAAUACAAGCCUUUUUUUUUUUUUCUUGGAUUCUAUUCUUCUUCUUCUUCUUAGCUUUUUUAUUUUUAUUUUUUAAAGAGAUGUUGAAACAAUCACAUAAUAACAUGCAUUUGUAUGAUAAAGUGCGACAGGAUCUAUUUGAAGAAACUCAGCAAACUAAUCUUCGCACUCCAUCGAUUACAACAAUCUGUUUACUUCAGAUCCAAGCGUAUGUUGUUCAGAUUCUAUCUACAUUGCCGCCUAUACGUGAUACCAGAACCUCUUCACCGUUCCAGCGAGUGUUUAUGACAAUCCGAUCCGUGAUAAGAAAUGCAUUGCGAUGGAUAUUACUAAUUAUGCUGUUGCUACUGGAUAACAUUGCGCGUUUAUUGAAUGUGGAGCGUGAGAUGGCUGGAGUGAUAGCACCAUCACCACGACGCAUGGAGUACCGUCAAGUGGAAGUAGAACAAAAGCAGCACCAGAGUCAGAGUCAGAAUCAAAAUCAGAUGCGAGGCAUGUUGCGUAGUGAUGAUGAGGAAGAUAAUUAUCGAUCUUCUACUGAUACUUAUCGUGAUGAUUAUGAUUUACCAAAUAAAACUAAAACUGAUCAAUGCACAAAAGGUAACAGUAGUACCAAUCAUCAUGGCGGUAUUUCGGAACCAUCUUCACCGAAUAAGAGAUCAAGUGGUCACUAUUAUUCACCCAUGAAUUCCCCAACACCUCACAUCUUUAUUCAACCCUCAAGAAAGAUGGACUUCUCUCCCGUCUUGGGUCCUUCACGUGUUACUCGUAACAGGGCUUCUUCAUUCAAUACCACCGAAAAGCCAAAAUUGUUACGUCGGAGUCCUGGUCAACGUGAGAUCACUGUGCAGAAUGCCACUUUGCCUAUCCUACCAAAAAAAAAGAAACACGCUCCUCCAAAUUCUAUCGUUUCACGUUCCUCGUCAGAAUCUUCGACCGGAAGACCAAGAAUGCAAAAAACAAUGUCACUAUCUACUGCACAGCAAUAUCAACACAACAAUGAGUGCCCUCUCCCAUCAUUACGGCAAACAGUCGACACAAAAAGGCCCUAUGAACGCUACUGUCCAGCAUGUACAUCACACUCAUAAGCACUCCCUAUAAGACACGCCACCCUCCUUAUUGUCAUUUAAUAAAAUAAAAAUAAAAUUAGGGGGACAGGCCUUGUCAAUAUCAUUGACUCUCUUACUCUCUACAUUAUUGAACUUUUCUCACCUCCCCAAUUCUCUUUUUUCAAUUAAAGAACUCUAUUUGUUAUUUGCAUCAA